AUGCUGAAAUUAUCUUUAAUGUUGUAUUCAUUAGUGAGAUGGGAUUGGAUGAGAUUAAGAAAAGAUGCUUUCAAUACCGUUGAUGGCCUGUCUGGGUUUCAUUAUUUAGCACCUGAAGCUCCUCAUGAUAUCGAGGGUAUGAUGUUGGUUGAAGGUGGUGGUACUGUUAAAGACAUUGAGGUUGGUACUGCUGGGAAUAAUGGUGGGUCAAGUACAAGACAAGUUACUGGGAAAAGCUUCAAAGCUGCAACUUCGACAAGAAGUCAUAAAUCCAUUAUUCGUGGUACUAUUGGCAAUUCAACUAAAAAGGUGCAAAGUGGUGUUGGUGGUGUGAAUGAUAAUGAGUCUGGUGAAGGUUCUGCAACUCUGGAUGAAAAGCCAUUUGACUCAAAUGAUUUGUAUGAAACUGGGAAAGUGAACAGGUUUGUGUUGUAUCAUCAUGAAAACAUUGCAAAGCCUUUAUAUGAGUUUCAUAAACAGCUUGAAGCAUCUAGACUCAGAACAUUCAGAAUUGAAAUGUUUUUAUUAUUCCCAUUACUUUUUGUUUCAAUUCUUGGAAUUUUUAUUGUUUCCCUUUUGAAUACGUUAUCUAAUGUCAUUCGUGGUCCUUGGGCACUUGGUGUUCCUAUAAUUUCUUUAUUCUUUAUUACAUUCUUAUUGCCUACUAUUAUCAUUGCAAACAAGAUAUCUCAAAAAAAUGAAAGGGGUUUGAGAAUUGGUCAGAACUUUGUUGUUCUUAAUAUGCGUCUUGUUUGUAUCAUUUUGUUGCAGUGGGUUUCAUUGAUUAUUGGUAUUUCAAUUGGUGCAAUUGUUUUUGCAUUGACUCCUUAA